CUCUCUCUCUCUCUCUUUAUUUUUUUUUUCCUCUUCACGGGUCUGUGAUUCUCUAACAUGGCUAUCUGUUGCGCAUCAAAGCUGAACAUCCUCAACCCAUACUUAUACUUCAAUCAUACAAAUUGUAGUGUUCCCACUCUCAAAAUAUGUCUUCUUCUGCAGCCGCUUCGUCCUUUCUCGCCAUCUUCUACAUCCUUCUCACCUUCUUCAUACGAGGUUCGAUCUCUGCUACCUACUCUAAUCCCAACCAUCAGCUCUCUGUCGAUUUCUACUCGAAAACCUGCCCUCAGCUCGAGCAGCUCGUCUCCUCCUCUACGGCCCAGCAGUUCCAAGAUUCACCAGUUUCCGGACCCGCCACGAUUCGUCUCUUCUUCCACGACUGCUUCGUUGAGGUAGGCUGCGAUGCAUCGAUUUUAUUGUCGUCGAAUCCGGGAAGCGGAGUUCCAGCUGAGAAAGAUGCGCAUGAUAACAAGCCCCUCGCAGUCGAGGCGUUCAAUACAAUAGAAAAGGCAAAGGCGCUGGUGGAGAGCAAGUGUCCGGGCGUCGUAUCCUGUGCAGACAUUCUUGCCAUCGCAGCGAGGGAUUUCGUCCAUCUGGCAGGGGGCCCUUACUAUGCUGUUAAGAAAGGGAGGAGGGAUGGACAAGUUUCACUAGCAUCGAGGGUGAAAGACAAUCUUCCACGUGCAAACUCCACCGUCGACCAGCUUCUCAACCUCUUUGCAUCCAAAGGCCUGAGCCAAGCAGACCUAGUGGCACUUUCGGGCGCACACACGAUUGGAUUCUCACAUUGCAAUCAAUUCGGUAGUCGAUUGUACAAUUAUCGCGGGACCAAGAAGCCGGACCCGUACAUCGAUCGAAGGCUGCUAAAGGCCUUACAAAUGUCGUGCCCACAUCGUGGCGGCAAUAAGGACGUGGUCGUGCCGUUCGACGUCAACACACCGUUUACAUUCGAUCACAUGUACUAUGGCAAUUUAGAGGCUAAGAUGGGGUUAUUAACCACAGAUCAAGCUCUGUUUUUGGACCCGAGGACUAGGCCCAUGGUUCAAGCACUAGGGAAGGACAAGACCCAGUUUUUUCAGGCAUUCUCUAUGGGAAUGGAAAAGAUGGGCUCUAUAGGAGUGAAGUUGGGAACGGAAGGGGAGGUAAGGCGGUAUUGCUCUAAGCGUCUUUGAUAGUAGGAUACACACAUUUAUUGUUUUUAGUGUGGGGUGUUUUUGCAUUUGGUUUGGGGAUUGUUUGGUCGUCCAUUGUUUUAAAGAGGAGACCCAUGUGAAUGUUGCGGAGAGUAGUCGACUGAAAGCUGAAAAUUGCAUUUUA